AAGGAUUCAGAGACGCAGCCGAUAAGCUCCAUGAGAGCAAACAUAUGGUCGAAAGCAGAUUCCAAGAGCUUCAAAGGAUGAAAGUAGUGAAAUACCAGAAUUUGUUACAAGAGAGGCGCAGACAACAAAGCCUCAUGCAUAAGAUGCCGACUAUUAGAGUGCUUGAAAGUUACCAGAACCGCAAGACUAAGAUGGAGAUACUCAAGCCGCUGACUUCUGACAACAGGAAAAGAUCUAUCUUGAACGAUGCCACCUCUCCAAGGCAGAUGCUAGCCCAUUACCGCAAUAAAAGCGUUGGAGAGAAGGCAUCGUUUAAUAAGCAUGAAAUGGUUUAGAAAUUUUCCUGUAAAAGCUUCGAAAACGAACAAAAAUUUAACAAUCUUAAACUAUAAGAAUCUGGACGAACUCAAUACCAAAUUUUUCACACACCAGCCUUCUAAUAUCUUCUUGACUAAUCUUAAGAGGAGUAAGGUAAAAUCUCAGGAGAGGCAAGAGGUCCUUGACAAAUACGUUGACAAGGAGAUAAAGCAAAGUCAUCGACCAAAAUUUUCCCUAUCAGCAACUCCAAAAUUUCAGAUCGAGGAUAAAUGGAUGAACGAGAAAUGUGCCAAAUUGAUAUCUAAAUAAAUGAACAAAGAAGUUACUCAAAACUUCAAACAACUUCUUUGACAGCUCAAGAGCCAUUUCUUCAGAGUUUUCAAUGAGGAGCAAGAAAGAUGGAGGAUCUCAUAAAGGAUCACCUAACAAGAACAAUUAUAGCUUCUACAAUAGCAAUACUCCAAGCAGUGGAUACUGCUUCUUCAAAGACAAGCAGAAAGCUAUAGAUGGAUAUCUCAUAAAAUAAGGAACAAAAGCUACGUUUCACCAUGGAAGAACUGAAGCUCACCUGAAAUAAACCAACAUUUUUAAAAUUUUACCAAAUAAAGAAGAACAUCAAGGAACAAGAUACCUUCUAUAUCCAGGCUCAGACUACUAAGGCCAAGCUUUGGCGGCCCCAAGUUCGUGAAUUAUGUACACUUGAUGUAGUCCCAACAGCUAAAGGGACCCUUAAAGGGUACCUCAUAGGAGGAUUUAAUGGUCAUGGCAUAAAACAGAUCGUUACAAUACCAAUUCCGAAUUUGACCAAUCCAAAACUUGAUUGGAAGAUCCUUGAAGUCAAGAACCAUGACUCUCUUCAGAGCAAGUUCAGCCAAGCUACAUGUGUAGAUGAGCAAUACAUCUACAUAUUUGGAGGAGCAGAUCUCGCCCUCAAAAAUACACCUUCCAAUGCUGAUGGGACAGAUCCAGAUAAAGUACUGCAGAACAAGAAGCUGAACAUCAGCAGGCAAUGAACCAGCCAGCUGAUGAGGUUCGACACUCAUAAGAAAGAACUAGAAGGUCUCCCUCAAGGAGACUAUAUAGUCUCCCCGAAGAGAGAUCAUUGCAUUGCAAAGUAUGGAAGGUUCAUCCUCUCCUUCGGAGGCAUCAACGACCUCGGAAGGGUCCUCGAUGAUCUUGAUAUCUACGAUAUCAACUUCGGUGAGUGGGAGCCUCUUGAAGUGAAGAACCCCAUUGAAGGCACCUGAUAUGCUACCUGAGCCCCAAUCUUUUACCCAGAUAGAUACAAUGAGAACAAGGACAAGCUUGAAAUUAGCGAACUUCCACCUCCAAAUUGGGGCAAAGUUGAGCACCUGAUCAAAGAAGAAGGGAUUUACAUAUUUGGAGGUAGAAAUUCCAGAAGCGAGGUGGAUGGAACUCUGAAAAUACUAAAGUUAGGUAAAAUGCAGAUGCAAAAUUACUGGAUGUACCCAGAAACUCUUGGGAAACCCCCAUGACCACGGUAUCAACACUGCAUGGUCCAUAUGGCAAGGUUAAAUCUCUUGGUAAUUCAUGGAGGAAGGACAUCCCAAAAUAUUUCAUCCAUAAAUACAAGAUCGAGCUUAGUCUUAUCCAAAGGAAAAUCAAAUCUCUUUGAAAGCACUGGUUUGGCUAAGAAGCCUACAACCUUUAUUCUGGGGGAUAUCUUCGCUCUCAAGCUGGACACCUUAGAAUGGAUCAGGGUGAUCUCUCCAAAUGAGCUUAAACUAGCUCGUGCAAACCACACAAUGGCCAAAAUAAACGAUGAUUCUCUCAUAAUCUUCGGUGGCAAUAGUGCUAACUCCACUUACUGUAGCUCUGACUACAUCAUAACCUUCCGAGAGAAGAAAUUGGCUGGUGAAACUUAGCCCAAAUCUCACUUGAACCAAUCAAAAUUUAUAUUAAAAUUUCAAU